GGCGGAUGUGCUCUUGUCGAUUUCCACAUACAAACUCACCUCACUGGGCAUGCGAAAGAGCCCAGAACUAAUGAGACGAAUGUGACGGAGAUCAAGUAUACGUGUGCAAGUGGAAGGUUUUCUUGGAGGAAUUUUGAUUUCUCUUACAAGAAUCGCAACUCGCUAGCAUCCGCAGAAAGCAAAUCCACGCGCUCUAUGGUUGCCAAACACCGUUUCUUUAUUCUUUCGUUACUGUAGCAUCAGCGACGAAUGAAACUCAUGUUUUCCGACGACUGGGUCCGCCACACGACCAUAACGAACGACAAAGGACGAGUCAUGUACAAAGUGACCACUCCAUUCAAGUCGUUAUGGUCACCGCGUACUUCAACUGUUUGGAAGGCGAUGCGAAAUAAUGCAUGCUUGCCCACAGGUUGUAAGGACGACGACGCGCUCGAACGACGCAUGGAGGAUAGCGGCUUUUUUCGCCUAGGCGAAAUUGAAUGGCAUUGCAUGACAGCUUCGCGCUUGCGAUGGUUCGGGGGUGCAGGAGGAAGUGGGUUCAGUGUGGGCGAGGUUGAGGCAAACAAGGCCGUUCCCGCACGGGGCAUCUUCAAAAGGAAACGCUUCUUCACGGCUCCUGACGGAGACACCUAUCACUGGAACCUGGGGAUGAUGAAAAGCACGCUCUUUCGCAGUAACCUUGAUCGUUCCCAGACACCUGUCGCGCAGUAUUAUCGACGAACCAACUUUUUCUUUCCGAUCGAUAACCCGAAAAAGGGUUAUUUGGAGGUAACUCUCCCUCCUUCACGCGACAUCAUCUGCAAGACGAAUUGGGACGUCCUCAGUUGGUCUGAAGGAUGGUCUGAUUGUCGCAUGGAAAAUGAGGCAUUGUAUGAAACACACGGCCUAACUCGAGAGUCAGCAGUAGAUGCCAGUAUGCUUGAUUUGAUAGUCUUCACCUACAUAUACGCUGAAAAGCUCAGGAAGGACGGGGAACACUGGAUUGAGAGGAAGGACCUAGCGAUGUGGUGGAAAAGUGGUUGAUCAACUA